AUGACUGACUUCAGCGGACGAUUCAAACUGACCUCAUCUGACAAUUUCGAUGCCCUUCUCAAAGAGCUGGGAGUGAGCGAUGAUGUGGUGAACCAACUGAAGGGCACCACUCAGGAGUACGAGAUCACCAAAGAUGGCGAUGUCUUCACUCAGAAGAGUAUCACUGGAGACAAAGUACACGAAACGAAGUUCGAGUUGGGAAAGGAGUUCAAUGAGAUCAGACAGGAUGGCAAGACUGUCCAGUCGCAAGUGGUGGCCGAUGGCAAUCGACUCAUCCAGACCCAAAAAGGGGACAGGGAGGUGAAGUUUGACGCGCUCAAAUUACCGUUACUCGAGGCCCACUGGCAUUGA